AUGGCUUGGGUCUGUGUGAAGCUGUUUAGAUCACUGCUGGCCAAUCAGAGUGAUUUUAUAGUACAAAUCACGUAUCUAGCUUACUUCUUCUUUGGAAUUUGGGUUUUGCUACUGCUGCUGGAUCCAUUCUAUUUUCAAUACAGGGCACGGGCACAGUUAGACAGACGGCCAGGCUUGUACUUGGAAUGGAUAGGAGAUGAGUUGAUAGACAACUCACAAAGUACAAAUAUAGACAUGGCAACACCAUCUAGCUCAGUGUCGGAGGCGAUUGCAGCUUCAACGGAGGGAGAGAAGACUGAAUCAACUAACUCGAGCCCAACAGAUUGUGUGGAAGAGAGAAUAACUGAAGUGCCUGGGACAUCUGGUGAGGAGUUGAUUGUGGAUGUGGAUGAAGAGUUAAUAGUGGAUGUGGAGGGGUCGAGCCCACUUAGGAAUGAGCCACAAGAGUCAGAGGCAGAAGGUGAUGAUGAGGAGGAAGAGGAGGACAAUGAUGAGGAGGAAGAGGUAGACGAGGAUUGGAUGUGGAGUGGCGGCGCAAGCGAUGAGGAAGUAGUAGAAGAUAAAACCACUACAGGAAAUGAGACAAGUCAAUUGGACCAGACACCUGCAGAAGACCAAAGUCAAGAGCUCAGAACUGGACUGGCUCGCAAAAGAAAACUAGAGAAUCAAACGGAACUACAAAAUGGGUUGCCCUGUAAAAAAUUAUUUCCAGAAGAAAAGACUACAGUAUCCAGUUUGAAAAAGAAACCAGCUGAAUGUUCUCCUGGAGAAAAAGCACGUCAUCAGCGAAGCAUAAUUCCUUCCAAAGACAACCCACCAGUAGAGAUAACUGACUGGCUUAACAAAUUCAAGGAAUGGUCGAAUGCGGAACGGCUGUUAGCCAUAGACGGGCUAAUAGAGCUGUGUGUACCGACCCAAGUGAGGCACAUGAUGCAGCUCAUAGAACCUCAAUUCCAAAGAGAUUUCAUUUCAUUACUUCCUAAAGAAUUAGCUCUGUAUGUACUGUCAUUCCUGGAGCCACGAGACCUGCUGCGUGCGGCACAGACCUGUCGUAACUGGAGGUUCCUAUCAGAGGACAAUCUGCUGUGGCGUGUCAAGUGCCGUGAGGCUGGUGUGGAUAUGGACAGCCAGACCAGCAAGCGAGCACGUCACCGUGUGUCGCACUCUAACCACCCGACGUCUCCCUGGAAGGCCGCCUUCAUGAGACAUCACAGGAUAGAGAUGAACUGGCGAGUGAAACCCAUCAGGACUCCUAAGGUGUUGAAAGGACACGACGAUCAUGUCAUAACAUGUCUGCAGUUCUCCGGCAACCGCAUUGUAUCUGGGUCCGAUGACAACACACUAAAAGUAUGGUCUGCUACUACAGGAAAGUGUUUGCGCACGUUAGUUGGUCACACUGGCGGUGUGUGGUCAUCACAGAUGGCAGGCAGCAUCAUCAUCAGUGGCAGCACUGACCGUACACUGAAAGUGUGGAAUGCUGAGUCUGGUGUCUGCAUCCACACACUGUACGGGCACACCUCCACGGUGCGCUGUAUGCAUCUGCAUGGCAAGAAGGUGGUGAGUGGAUCCCGAGAUGCGACACUGCGGGUGUGGCACAUAGAUAGUGGAGAAUGUCUGCAUGUAUUAGUGGGACACCUGGCAGCCGUGCGUUGUGUACAGUACGACGGACGACUGGUGGUUUCGGGCGCGUACGACUACAUGGUCAAGGUCUGGAACCCCGAGAGGGAGGAGUGCCUGCACACACUUCAGGGCCACACCAACCGUGUCUACUCACUCCAGUUUGACGGUGUCCAUGUGGUAAGUGGAUCAUUAGACACCAGUAUCCGUGUUUGGGAGGUGGAGACCGGAGCAUGCAGACACACUCUGAUGGGUCACCAGUCUCUCACCUCUGGCAUGGAGCUGCGGAAUAAUAUCUUGGUCUCGGGUAACGCUGACUCAACUGUCAAGGUGUGGGACAUCCUCACAGGCCAGUGUCUUCAAACCUUGUCAGGUCCCAUGAAGCACCAGUCUGCAGUGACUUGUCUUCAGUUCAACAACCGGUUUGUAAUUACCUCAUCAGAUGAUGGUACAGUCAAACUGUGGGAUGUCAGAACAGGUGAGUUCAUACGGAACCUGGUGGCGCUGGGGAGUGGAGGCAGUGGAGGUGUUGUUUGGAGGAUACGAGCCAAUGAAACCAAGCUUGUUUGUGCCGUCGGUAGCCGUAAUGGAACGGAAGAGACAAAAUUGUUAGUUUUAGAUUUCGAUGUAGAGGUGAAAUGAAACAAAGCCAAAUUACCUCACAACGGAGAGUGCCAGUAUUCAAUGUCUUACCUCAGACUGUGCGAGUGGUUUGAACUAAUCUGUAAUAUUCCGAAUGUGUUCAGCAACUCGUGAGUUACUGCAACGCUACACUGACAACGUUAUCUAUGGUAGUAAUUUUUGUAGUGUUGUGAUAUUUAUUUUAUAUAAACGCUGUAAAAAGGUAUAUAAUUUUUGCAGACUUGGUAUAAAAUAUAAGCGUAUCGUUUGCGAAAUAAUUUCAAAAAUAUGUUUUGCGUAUCUUCUUUUAGAAGUGUUAAUAUUAUUGUUGUAAGUUUCUUUAAUUCGGUUUAUUUAUGUUAGGUUAAUUUUACUUAGUUGUUACUGAAAUAAGAAUUUACCUUCCAGAAUGCAAAUACUACAGUUGUUUUCUGAGAUAAUACUUUGUAAUCACUGUAAUAUUUUUUCAAAUGUUAUAUCUUUGUUAAAAGUUACUAUGUUUUGCUUCUGAGUUUCAUUUGGGCUUGAAAUAAUAUUUUACUUCUUUACAAAUUAUUUGUUUAAGAUUUUAUUCCCGACAACCAUUUUUAUUCUAAUAAGUGAUUAAUGCAAUGUAUCUUCAACUUAAAUGAAUUGAACUUAAAGCUUAUUAUAAUUAAAGAAAUCAUAAACCAACCUUUGAAGAGUCCAUAUUUAAUUGCAAAUUAAAAUUAUGGUAACAUAUUGCAUUUGUGUCAGAAUAAGUCAUUGUGCUUCCCAAUAUCUAGUUAAUUUUACUCAUUAUUUGGAUAAACAUUAAAUCACUAUUAUCAGAAAUAAAAUGGAAUUCAUCACGAAAAUAAAUAAUAGAUAUGAUUUGCACACACAGUAGUAAUUCUAAUGCAAGUUUAUAUAAUUAAUUGUGGUACUGGGAAAAAAAUAUGUUACAGUAUUCCUGUAACUUUACAACACAAGAAUCUUCAGCAUUCUUUACACACAGUACACUUUUUAACUUGCAUACUUCCAUUUUGUUCACCCUUUGCAGACAAUAUCCUUUACCUCUAAAGUGUAAAUGGUGCCACUUCUCCUUUUCUCAAUAUUAUUCUUUUAAUCCAAUCCUUUUUAUAGUUCCACAUACCACAUUGACCCUACUUAAUCGGCUUUUUCACACUGUAUAUGUAUGAAAUUAUACUGAAAAUAGCGUAUUUAUUGAUUUAAGUUUACACCUAAAUACAUCUUGCCAACUACAUAAUGGACUCCAACAAUAUUGGAAAUUUAACUUUAUUAUAUGUUAUUUAUUAAUUUUUCUGAUUGAUCGUUACAGAUAAUGGAAAAUGCAAAUUAGUAACAGUUAAUGUGUUGUAAGAAAUUAAGUAAUUAAAAUUAAAAAUUAUGUAAGUGUCAUAGAGCCAAAAUGAACUGUUUUACACUUAUUGUAUUGUUUGAAAGUACUUUGCUGUUAUAAAUGUUUUAAUGUCAUAUGAGUUUUCAAAAUGUUGGCUGUACAAAAUUGUCUAAUAGCAUGUGUGUGUUUACUUGAAGCUCUUUCAGUGGACUGCAUUAACUUUUAAGUUUUAAAUAUUCAAGGUAUUCAUAAAGUGUGGGGAAUUAUUUUUGGGUAUAAUUUAAUAGGUGAAAAUAAACAAAAACAGUUCCUUUAAAACGUGAUUUUGAUUUGUUUAGUGUCUGUCAGUUUUGUUUCUAAUUUUUUAAACCAUAGCUCAGGACCUGUUUUAAGUUAUGGGAUCGAAAUUGUGUAAUGUAUAACUUUAUAAGAUGUUAUUUUCACCUGAAAGAAAAAGUGUAUAGUUACUAGUUUCAAAAUGGCAGCCUUUUGCCAUUAGUUUGUGAAUGAAAAGUGGUGAGAAGAGAAAAGAUUGCCAAGAUACAUGAAAUAUAGCUUGUAAUAAGUCAAACGUGUUGGUACCUUACUUGUGAAUAAUAAAUAGUCGAAUAAUGUGUAUUUACCAUUCACAUGCAAACCACUUCAGUUGAUAAUCAUACAAGUACAGAUUGCAUGAGAGUAGAAAAUAUGCUUUUAUUCUGUUAUUUAUCAUCCAUAACAAACAAGGUACAUUACCAAAUUUUUUGCACCCAAAUUGUUUCCUAGACCACUUGUUAGUUUUUAUUAAAUUUUGAUUUGACUUUUUAAAAGCCUGCCAUUAUGAAAUUAUGAAAUUUUUUCUUUCAGGAGAAAAUAACAUUCUAAAAUGAUGUUGAAAUUUACAAAAACCAUUUCUGAGUUAUUGUUUUUAAAUUAAACACAGACAGGUGUUAAAUGUAACGAAAGAGACCAUGUUGUUGGAGGAAUGUUUUUGUUUAUUUUCACCGAUUCAACUAUAUUCCAAAAUAUUCUCCCACAUUUUUUAACACUCUUUAUAUUAUAACCUGAAAUUUUAAGUAGCCAAGGCGCACAUGUAACCUCUCUCCAACUGUGGCAAUCAAGAUAUUAUUAAAUAAUCAUAAAAUUACUGAUAAGAGUAGCUCGUUUUUAAGUAAAUUAAAAGAGAGCCUAUAUUUAUGUCCUUUGCUAUUAUGUCAUUCCAAAGACUUGCAAACAAGCAGGUUAAUGCUCACAGUUUACAGUCCUGCUUCAUUAAUUUUUGUCAUGAUUAGUAACUAUACAACCUAUACAAUUUUCUGAUUCUUCAUUGGAACAGGGAUUUAUGGAUUGUGUUGCCAAGUUUUCUAAAGUUAUGCCAUAUCUUUUGCAUCAGUAAUAUCGUUUCAGCAGUUUUAAUUUAAUUCAAAAUUGCAACUACUUUAAUUAAUAUAUAUUAUUAUUUAUUAUUACUAAAAAUCAAGCAUAUUUAUCUAGUAUAAUUUUAAGUUCUUUAGUUCAUAAGUUAAUGUUACACACUCUUUACUUUACUCAGCUUUGAUCUAUUCUAUAUAAUAAUCCUAUUAUGCUUUCAUAUAUGGUAAAAUAAUAUUCAUAAUUUAACACUAAAUGUCAUCUCAUAUGUGGCCAGUAACUAUAUCCUAAAGUAUUUGAUAAGUUUACAGAUAAGUCUACUGUUUGUCACAAUAGAGAUCGGUUACUUUUUGAGCUUUUUAGAAUGUUGAUAGUGUACAAUAUAUUUGCUGGACAUUCAAAGUAUUACAAUUUGAAAAAAGGUUAAUUGCCAGAGACUUAUUAGCUUUAUGAAGGACAGGGAUAAGUUAAACAACUAUCAUGGAAGUUAUAAAUAAUCAAAAGAGAUAUAUCCUUGUAAGAGAUAUAAAUAUGUCCCCAAACAUAUUAAAAAGUAUAAUUUUCUUAAUUUUGUUGUAAAAUAUAUGAAAAAGAAUGUUUUGCCACGGAUAUUAUUAUUUAAUGAUCUCUAAACCCCAACCGUAAACAAAGUUUUUUUCAAUAAACCCAGACUUUCUCUAAAUCAACAAAUGAUACUAAAAUUUACUGAAAUGUUCUGGGUAUGCCCAAGUGUUGUAAGCAAUUUUGAAAUUGCAUGAGAAAGGUGUGGAGAUGGAAAAAAUAAAUAGCAAUAUAAUUGGAACUGAUAAAUUUGCAUUUUUAUUCAAUAGGCAGCAUGAGGAUUGAUGAGAUAUGGCUUUUGAAAUCUCCAAUAGACAUCUUACAGGAAUGAACUUACUUUUUAUAGCAUCUUGAUGAUGUGAGUCCAUCAUGAAAAGGAAAUAAAAAUAAUUCUUAUAGAUAAAGUACAUUUGACAUUAUCGAUCAAAGAUGACUUGUUACUCUAGAUUUCUAAAACUAUUCGAGACCUAGCACAGAAGGCCCUGCAGCGACUAUGGCCUCCAUUUCUGGUUUUCUGAACUCCCCAUUUCUUUUCCUAAUAACUACUAAAUGUUGAGAAAAGAAGAUAUAUUCAAGCAGAAUGUAUUUGGAGUUAUAAGCCUUGCCUCAUAAAGGUCGAGGUAUCAAUAUGUGAAUAAAUUAUUAAAUUUAAAUGUUAGUCAACAAAGUUUAAAUUUAAUUUCCUGAAGUCUCUGGCAAAUUUAAUAUAACAUAAAUAAUUGAGCACAUGUCUCAACCUAGAAUAUAAACAUUAAUGUAUUAUAUUGGAAACAAAUUCUAUUCUAGGACUCAAAUAUUUAUGUCCACAUAGUCUAACACUGACUGUCUCCAUGAUUAAAGUAAAGAUGAUGUAAAUAUUAAAGGUGUUUCAGUGUGAAAUAAUACUAAACUGAAUUGGGAAGAGGUAUUUUAUCACAAAGGCUCUGUUAGUUUUUUAUUUGUGUGUUAUUUUAGAUUCCGGAAGAAAUAUAUUUUGCAGACAUUUUUUACUAUGCUCAAUUUGCUAUACAAGCUCUUUAUUGAGGGACUCUUGCACCAGCACUUUCUCACUGCCAAUCUUCAAACAAAGUUUCUUUGAACCAUGUAAUUAUCAUUAAAUAAACUAUAUAUUUCUAAACCCACUUAACUAAUGCAGUAGCAGCAAAAUGGUAAGCUGCCUUUAAUUAACUACAUUUUGAAUUAGACCAUUUUGUCAGUAUAGAGUAUAAAUUAAUUAUCAUGUCUGAAUUGUUAAUGAGUUAAGUGGAUUGGUAUAAAAUGCUUAUUUUAUAAUUAAUUAUAUUUAAUGCAUUUUUAAUAAGUAAUUGAAAGUUACUGAUAUUGCAUUCAUUUUUUAAUAUUAACAUUUUAAAAUCACAAAAUAAAAUGAAGUAUUUGCCCAUUUGUACAUAACAUUUAGCAACUUACCAGAUUAAGCUUCAGACCAAAAAAAUAUUUAAAAUAUAGUCUGUGUUAUGAACAUAUAUAACAUUUAAUUCCAUGGAGACUUCUUCAUUUUCAUAUUGUCUGCUUAUGCAUGCCAUUUUAUUACCAAAAGUGCACUGUCCUGUCAAAGUGUCAACAGUGACUUUUCUAAAAUCUUUAAUCGAUCAAAAGAAAAGGACACAAUGUUUUUAUCUCAGGUUUCAAUUAAUUAACAGCACAGUAUAUUGUGUGUAUAAAGAAAACAAAAAAUUUAAUGAACUGAAUACUUCUCAAGAAUUUAAUAUACUUUUCCAUCUAGAGCCUUUAUGAUUCAACUGGAAGUAUAACGAUUUACUCACAAAAAAGUUUAUUUAUUUUUAUAUCAAGAAAUGUGUAUAUUCUUAGUGUAUUUGUACAUUUUUAUAUUAUCGCGAUACUUAUUUAGUUAUAAUAAUUACUUGUUUUUAUUUUAAGUAUAUGUUAAAUACUGUUAGGUGCAAUAUUAUGUUGUUAAUUUGUUUUGUCAUCAACAACUGCAGUCAGGUAUUGUUGGUAUUUGGUCUUUAUAUCGAUGUGUACUAUUCUAGUUGUUUUGUGUUUGCCUCAAUGACCAUCAGAAUUUUACAAGUGAAGCUUAUUUUGCUGCUCACUACGUAAAUGUUAUAGAUGAUUUAAUUAUCUUAUAGUAAAAGAGUUGCAUUGAUUUAAUUUAUUUGAGAAAUUAUGUGAUCAGCAUGUUUGUAAAUUACAAAAGAAAUAGAUAAUCAGAUCUAAUAGUUCCUCGUUACAACCCUUAAUAUGCCAUAGUGUUUUAUUGUUUAGUCUAACAUGCUGUAAAAAUAAUUUAUGAGUAUUUUUAUACUGAGAAAUGUAAGAGAGGAAAAUAGUGUUAAUAGUUAUAAUCCUUUCCGUGGGCUUAAAUGAUUGGUUCUGGUCAUUUUUUGUUAAGCUGUAAUUCUUGUUUAGUUGCUCAGCCUUAUGUUUACUAAUUUGGAUUGACUUGUAGGAAGGAAACAUUGCUCAAUUAUCUUUUUGUAAAAGUUAUGUGAUGUAAGAUUUUGUGUAGUAAAAACAUUGUUUUCAUCCCCACAA